UGUGUUUUUUGCUGUGGUUUUGCGCUAGAAGCUGAACGGAAAAUUGAAUUCCUGCGCUCAAAGGUCGCUCGCUGGUGCUAAAAAGGAAAGACGGGAACCGCGCGUAUGCGUUGCGGAAGUGCGUACAUAAACGGCAUCGCAAAGGUUAAGCAAUUCGCUGCUGGCCAACGAAGCCCUCGCCGUCACAAGCAGCAAAAGUGCGUGCGUGCGUGCGUGACGAAGUAGCCUCCGAGCUUAUCGUGAGGAUAUCGUUUACUUGAAGUUUUUGGCGAAAACCCAAAGAUACCCGGGCAUCGACCGACCGAGUGCAGUUGAAUUGGUUGAGGAACAAUCCGAACAGAAAGCCAAGUGCGUGUAACGGAGCGAAAUAAUCAUAAAAGAUGGAAGCGCUCAUACCGGUGGUGAACAAGCUGCAGGAUGUGUUCAAUACGGUCGGAUCCGACGCCAUCCAGCUCCCGCAGAUCGUUGUUCUUGGCAGUCAGAGUUCCGGCAAGAGUUCGGUCAUCGAGAGUUUGGUGGGUAAAACGUUCCUUCCUCGAGGGACGGGUAUCGUAACGCGCCGUCCGCUGGUCCUGCAGCUGGUCUACACGCCGCUCGAUGACCGUGAGCACCGUUCGGCUGAGCAUGGUACGGUUGCGGUCGAAGAAUGGGGCCGCUUCCUGCACAUCAAGAACAAAGUGUUUACGGAUUUCAACGGCAUCCGGGAGGAGAUCGAGAACGAAACGGACCGGAUGGCCGGAGGGAACAAGGGGAUCUGUCCGGAGCCGAUCAACCUGAAGAUCUACUCGACGAAAGUCGUCAACCUGACCCUGGUCGAUCUGCCCGGUAUUACGAAGGUACCGGUCGGUGAUCAGCCGGAAGAUAUCGAAGCUCAGAUCAAGGAUCUGGUGCUGAAGUACAUCGAAAACCCAAACUCGAUCAUUCUGGCAGUUACGGCCGCCAACACCGAUAUGGCUACAAGUGAAGCCCUCAAAAUGGCCAAGGAUGUCGAUCCCGAUGGUCGGCGUACGUUAGCCGUACUGACGAAGCUCGAUCUAAUGGACGCGGGUACGGAUGCGAUUGAUAUUCUGUGUGGACGGGUCAUCCCCGUGAAGCUGGGCAUCAUCGGUGUGAUGAAUCGAUCGCAGCAGGACAUUAACGAUAAGAAAGCGAUCGAAGAUCAGCUGCGUGAUGAGGCCGCCUAUCUCCAGCGCAAGUAUCCGACGCUGGCCACACGGAACGGUACUCCGUAUUUGGCCAAAACCUUGAACCGACUGUUGAUGCACCAUAUCCGCGACUGUUUGCCCGAUCUCAAGACGCGCGUUAAUGUGAUGGCAUCCCAGUUCCAAUCACUGCUCAACUCGUACGGUGAAGAUGUCACCGACAAGAGCCAGUGUCUGCUGCAGAUCAUUACAAAGUUUGCCUCCGCCUACUGCUCCACGAUCGAGGGUACGUCGCGGAACAUCGAGACGACGGAAUUGUGCGGUGGUGCCCGGAUGUGCUACAUCUUUCACGAAACGUUCGGCAAAACGCUCGACUCCAUUCACCCGCUAACGGGCCUUACCAAGAUGGACAUUCUGACGGCGAUUCGCAACGCGACCGGACCGCGGCCGGCACUGUUUGUGCCCGAGGUAAGCUUCGAGCUGCUGGUGAAGCGUCAAAUCCGGCGACUCGAGGAACCAUCGCUCCGUUGCGUUGAGCUGAUUCACGAGGAAAUGCAACGCAUCAUUCAGCACUGUGGUACCGAGGUGCAGCAGGAGAUGCUGCGUUUCCCGAAACUACACGAGAAGAUUGUGGACGUGGUAACGCAGCUGCUGCGCCGUCGUCUACCCACCACGAACGCAAUGGUGGAGAACCUGGUGCAGAUCGAGCUGGCGUACAUUAACACCAAGCAUCCAGACUUUCACAAAGACGCGGCACUGGUUCCGAGCCUCAUCAAGACGGAUUCGCAAGACCCGUGGGCAACGACGCAGCACCAGUCCGGUAAUCCACCUAGUCGGCGACAGCGCCAGAUAACGCUCACCGAUAAGCUGGGGUUGGUCAACACGGCAGCAAAUCACGUUGGUGAACAACUUUCGCUGCAGUCGAAUCAACAGCAGCAACAGCAGCAGCAGAACCACGUAACCGAGCCAACCGGAUGGCUGGGAAGCAUUCUGCCACCAAACACGGAAGCGAUGAUCGGUGGUGGAGCUGCUAAUGGUGUUGGUCCAGAAAGUGUAACCAGCACGGCAAGCAAUACACCGACACAUGGUGUGCUUAGCCCCACCAAGCCGGUCAAUCUGCUGCCCGACGUGCCGAUUAACCAUUCAUCGCGCAAACUGACGGACAAAGAGCAGAAAGAUUGUGAUGUGAUCGAACGUUUGAUCAAAUCGUAUUUCUACAUCGUGCGAAAAUCGAUCCAAGAUUCGGUGCCGAAGGCGGUGAUGCACUUUUUGGUCAACUUCGUCAAGGACAACCUACAGUCGGAGCUGGUGACCCAUCUGUACAAGUCCGAUUCGGCCAACGAGCUACUCAACGAGUCGGAUCACAUCUCCAUCCGCCGGAAGGAGGCAAGCGAUAUGUUAAAGGCAUUAACCCGCGCCAAUCACAUCAUUAGCGAAAUCCGUGAGACGCACAUGUGGUAAGCAAACAGAGAGGCAACACCAAAAAACGCGCGGGAUUCAGCCGCGUGGUGGAGUGCAUUCACUUGUUCGUUUGUCAUCCUUUACUCGACGUUGAUAGAACGCUAUUAGUAGUGCAUCUCAGCUAGACCGUUAGAGAGUGAUAUUCGAUGGAUCGUAGCAGAGUAGUAUACAGCCGCUCGAUCAUGAAUUAUGGCGGAUCGGUUCUACAAGUCGAACAAAUUCAUUUCACGCGCGCCAUACUAUCGACUACCGACGCCGACUACGAGAUGAGACGGUGAGAGCGGAAAGCGGGACAAAGAUGACUAUCCUUCAGCAACUCUCGAAGGGCUUGUUAAAUUAGUUCAUUUCAAACCAUACAAUGGCAAAACCAUACAAUGCAUAUUAAGCGGAAUAGUAUCGAUCACAUGUGUGUAUUUCAAAGCGCAUGAAGGAGCGCGAUAACCAAAACAUAAGCCACAAGGAUAACAGUGAAGAAAGGAGCGGUUACACCAAACAAAGACACAGAGAGAGAGGGAUAGCUAGAAGAUAAACCAUGGGAGACGUGAUGCGUGAUAAAGCGAAAAACAAAACAUGA